CGGGUCUCCAGGACCGGGCCAAAUUUUGUUUGGCCAAAGUGGCGGCUCCACCUUCCCCCUGCUUGUCUGCCAGUGCCGUGACACAGCAGCCUGUCUCUGCGGAAAAGGGGCUUCGAGCCACAGUUCAUCUGGACAGCUCCACCAAGACGACGGCUCAGGUUGCCUGCACCCUUUGAAAGUUCCAUCAACAUCCACGCCCACCGGGAAAGAGUCAUUUUAAGGGACCUUAAAGGGAGCUUUUGAGUCCUUUGAGGGAAGCACCGAGAAUGUAGACGUCCAUGAACUGCUGUUAUGAAAUUUCAAGUUAAUGCCGUGGAACGGAAGGUCAGUAAGGAAGUCGGAAGAGGCCAGCAGCAUGCAGGGUCUGCAAAGCCCUGACCCUCUGGUACGGGAGGCUUUCCUGAUGGCCCACGACUACAUUGACUACGUGACGGCGGGACAGGGCGCGGCCGUGCCCCCCGCCCCCACGGCGGCCACCGCCGCCCUGAGGCACGCCGGCGACGAGCUGCUCCUCAAGUUCCCCAUCUUCUUCCGCCGGUGGCCGCGCAUCUUCCAGGACGUGACCGAGCGCUCAGCCUGCCCCAUGCUGCUCGCCAUGCUGGACGAGCACUUCAAACAAUCUGCCUCCGGGGGCCGCCAGCGAGACCUGGCCUGGAGCGCCGUCCUGUCUGUGUACGUACUGGCGGGCCAGAUGGCGCUGCACUGCCAUGAGAGGGGCAUGCAGGGAGUCCUGCCCGAGCUAAAAGAGUGCGUCGGGCAGUACGUGGAGCGGGUCAUUUGCCCUGAGCUAAGGGACAAGGGCGGAUGGUCUGGCUUCAUUGUACGCUUCAGCAAGAAACAAGACCUGGAAUGGCAGGUGAAGAAGGUGUGCUGCUGGACUCUGCUGCUAUUGACCACAAGCAUCCUAUCCUACUUCCUGUGGAAACGUCGGAUUGCAUAAGCUACAGCGCCACCUGCUGGUGAGGAUGAGACUGAUUUGGACUAAUCGUUUCUAGAAGUCGCUGCUCUGGAGCUGGUUCAAAUCAAAGGCUAGUCAAAUCAUUGACUGAACACUGGCAAUCAAUAUUAUGUGUUACACAAGGGAGAGGCAUGUUUUUUGUCGUUGUUAUUUUUAAUCAACUAAAGUUGAUUUUAAACCUUUGGAUUUUCUACAAUAGGCAGUCUUGCCACAUGAGGGCAACCAUUCUCCAUUUGCUAUUAUACAUGGGAUAUUAAAUGCAGACUUUGUGACAUCAAGCAGUAAACAAGUCUUUAAAUGAUUCUGUUAUUGGACAUUUAUUCAAACUUCAUCUCCGCCAGUUAAAUUCAGUAAUUCCACACCAGUCAUUUUUUAAUGUUUUUCUCUCCAAAAUGUAUAAAAGCAUCUAUAACAUAUUACAUGGUAAACUUUAUCAAUACUGAAUGGAUUGUUAAUUAUAAUGCAGAAGGUGAAUAUGUCUAUCACUUUUAAUACAGGGAGUAUGGCAAGUUAUAACAAGUGUGGUGGUGUGAUUGUGGCAUGGCAAUACAUGCACUGUAUA